UUCCCUUUUCUUUUCCUCUUGUAGGAUCAAAGGAUUCGCUGUAUAUGGUUCGUUUUUGCAUUUUAUUGUGCCUGUACCGCUUCAUUAUGUAAUUGGGAAUGAACACUUUUAAAAGGCCAUGGUAAAUUAAAUCUUCUGCGUCUGUUCGUUGUACCUCGAAGGAGAUGAACGAAAUUAAGAUUUAAAUUUUUCGUAAAAGACCAGAACGGAAGUUCGUACAGGAAACAAGGUGCGAGGAGCGGUACUUGCGAAGUUACAGGUGUAGAAGGAACAGCGUGGGGGCUUCUUAGAUUUACUAGCAUUCAGACACGCUGCCGGUACCGUGUUCUUCAGACGAUGAGCACCUGUAUCUAAAUGCCACUAAAGUGGUGAUGACGAUGACUUGUGACAAUAUAUUGACUGACUGUCAUAUUAAGUAAAAUUUCGCGCAUCAAUUAUAGAAAAUUCGUGACAAAUGUAAUUAAUUUGUUUACUAAUUUUGUGUGAUAUGGAUAUUUAAUUAGUUUUAAUUGGUAUGGAGUCGUUCUGUGCUUCUGCUCCUCGCUCGAAACGUCGUGCUGCGUUGACAUCCAGCAGUUUCUAUCAAACUUCUCCCUAUAGUAGAAAUCUGAGACAAAAUGAAUAUAGCUUACCAAGUCGAAGUCACCACAAUCCAUUUGUGUGGCACCAAAGAACGCAUUUGAAUAAUGAAAAACCUAAAAGCAAGGUAACAUCGGUUGCACUAGCAGCUGCCGCAUUUUUGGUGUUUGUAACCGUUCUUUCCAUAGCAGGAUUAGCUCUUUACAUGGGUGUGUUACGUAGUGAAGCACCUACUCAAUUGCUAACGUUCAACUGUAGCGCCAAAGUUCUUAGAGGCGAUCGAUUUCUUAACAAUCUUCAAGAUAAGGCACGAAAAUAUAAACAGCAAUUAGAAGCACUAUACCAUAGAAGCAGUAUAGGACCAGCUUUAGUAUCGUGUACAGUUGAGAAGUUUGGCGAUGACACCGUUACCAUAUACUUUAGAAUCUCAUUAAAUAGGAAAGCACUACCUAGGAGUAUAUCAAAUUUAGAAAAGGUCCUAAGAGACGCUCUUAUCAACGAUUCCAUUACAAGACGACCGAUAUUCAGGCACGUUCGUUUCGAUCCUAAAAGCAUACAAAUAAGGCAAACGCUGGACGUAGAAGCUGCCUCUCAAAAAGUGAUCACGAAAACAAAGGAAGGAGUUAAACCAAAAAAUACGGUCUUAUUAAAGCCAAAUCAAAGAACCAACACAAGCGCACUAAGUAAUGUACCUAAUACAAAGCAAACCAAUCCAGAUGAUACUGUACCGAAAAAACCUUCUCUGCAUGGAUCGUUCGAAAUAAGCAAAACUGACGCCGAUAUAACAGAAAAAAAGAAUGCUAGAACGACAACUACAUUGAAACCAAAGUGGACUACUGGAACCAGUAUCCCUAAACUUACUUAUGUUACUAGUCACUUGUUCCAAGUCGCAGCAAUUAGCACAGAGACUGUAAAAACCACCUCACAGAAAACACCCAGCUCGACAACGGAAUCUCCAAAAACUAGUAUUGUAACAACAACUUCACCUGAUGCACUUACAACUAGUAAAAGGUUGCAAUCUUCUAAUCUUUAUUUUUUUACAAUUCCCUCGCACUCGUUGGACAAAGAACCUUGGGUUCCCAUCCAAGGAACAUCAACACAAAACAAUACUUUCCCCAAAGUGGAAAUAAAGUCUCAAAUUGAGCUGCUAAGAAACAAACCGGUCUACACAAGCUUCACAAAUCCCGGCCUUUCUUACCAUUCCACUCAACUAGAAAGGUUGGGCGCUACAGAAAUUGUUGGACAUCCCUUACCGGUGGACAAAAUUGCAGCAGUCACUGAAACGCAUUUCAUUACAACAAGUUCAGAAGAUGAAGAAGUUGUAUCUACCACAAAAAGAAGAGACUUUGACAGAGAAGACAUGCAGGUUUCCGAAGACCAAUCGGGAGCUUUCGUGGAAGUUGAAACUUUGAAACAUGUACCUGGAGCCAGUGUAAAUAAUACAAACGAAACUGAUACCUUUCCGCGUUUGAGUUGGGAAUUACUAAAUGGAACAGGAUCGCAAUCGUUUAGUGAACCCGAGAAUACCUUGAUGAAAACUAAUUUAAAACACAACGAAACGAAUAUGUCAAUUUUCCGUAACCUAGCGUCCUCUGUUUUAAGUACCACAACCAUUUCAUCCACUAUACCACAAACACCCAGGGACAUACCCUCCAGUACACUUAAAGAACACACUGAAGCUGAAGGCUUUGUAGAAGGCCACGCUGAAGUUGUAGAAGUAGAAGAAGAUGCAAUUACACUAGAGUCUCGGCCUUCUACCAAAGUUCCUUUAGUAACACUUCUGCCCGUCAAAUCAAACUCCGGAAUUUCAAGACCAUUACGUCCUCGUCCACAAAAACCAGCAAACCAAACUGAUUCGGUGGAAAACCGUAGCUUUCCCAGCGACCCUUUUAUAAAAAACGUCAACUCCGACGUACCUCGAUCACCUAUCAAAUUUAUACACACCGAAGUUGUAACAUCGCUCAGCACGGAAAUCAGUAGAGGGAAAAUAAGCAAAAGUCCCGUAAACGAUUUUAAAAUUUCCGGAGUUCUAAAUUUUGAAAAGGAGCACGAAUCGUUAACGAGAGAUGAUUCAGUCGCGGAAGCCGAAGUUAAUAGGAACCCUAAAAUGGACCCCAAAGAAUCCCACGCCAACAAAGAACUGGAGAUGUCGAUAUUUAGCGUGAAUUCGUCAGUUUCCAUUGGGAAAAGUGGCACCCAAAUUAAAAUUCUUUCCGAAGAUAAAUUGAAACAACUUUCGGAAAUCAGCAAACUUCGUUCAAAUAUCAGUCAUGACGAGGACGCGCCUGUGAUAUCAAACAAAGCAAUAUCCGCUAGUUACACUCAUAAUCAAGCAGGAUUGAAGAUACUUACAAAAACGUUAAACAAAGUUUCGGUUUUUUCUAAAGAAGACGAGCACAAAUCUGCGUUUGGUGGCAAUACUGUUUCGACAAACACAACGGAAUGUAGUAACUACACGAUUAAAUGUGGAGACGGACAGUGCCUGCCGGACACCACGAGGUGCAACCAACUAGUCGACUGCAAUGAUGGAACCGACGAAAAGAAUUGCACAUGUGCAGAUUAUCUAAAAUCUCAAUACCUCUUACGAAAAAUUUGCGAUGGUGUCGUGGACUGUUGGGAUUUUUCUGAUGAGAAUCUUUGUGAUUGGUGCAAACCUGGCCAAUACGUUUGUGCCAAUUCCAAGUUUUGUAUAGACACAGCGAAACUCUGCGACGGUUCAAGAGAUUGUCCCAAUGGAGACGAUGAAAGGCAUUGCGUAACUGUUGCUCCAACUUUAAAGGCGGCAAACGAAUAUCCAUAUUACUCGGAAGGAUAUUUGUUGGUGAGAAAGUAUGGACGUUGGGGUAAAUUGUGUAUGAAUAACGAAGACAGUGCAUUGAGGUUUGCUGACUUAGGCCAAGCAGUGUGUAACUCGCGAACUUAUAAAAAAUUGGAUGUUCUCAAAAUUGAUAAUGACACAGAUUCGGAUCAUAAGACGGAGAAGAAAUAUUUCGAACUUGCCGGUCAAAUGGUGAACGUUCCAAAAUCAAACUUAACUUUCAACGAGAACGAGUGUCCAAGUAAACGGGUGAUGAAGAUACGUUGCAACGUGCUGGAAUGCGGAACACGUCCCCAAGCAGUUAACCAAUUGGCUAGGCGUAUGUACAGGAUUGUGGGCGGAGGUAAUGCCGGGUUAGGAUCGUGGCCGUGGCAAGCUGCUUUAUACAAGGAGGGAGAAUUUCAAUGUGGUGCUACGUUGCUAACAAGCCGUUGGCUUCUUUCCGCUGGGCAUUGCUUUUUUCAUUCACUGGAAGAUCAUUGGGUCGCAAGAAUGGGAACUUUAAGAAGAGGUACGGCGCUACCCUCGCCAUAUGAACAGUUGCGCCCUAUUACACAAAUUAUAUUACAUCCUGGAUACGUUGACGUUGGCUUUAUUAACGACAUAUCGUUGCUUCAAACGGAAACUCCACUAAUUUUUAGUGAUUACGUCAGGCCCAUAUGUCUGCCUGUGUCAGAUAGUGAACUUAAGGACAACAGAAUUUGUACCGUUAUCGGAUGGGGUCAGCUUUUCGAAGUUGGACGAAUUUUUCCUGACACGCUACAGGAAGUUCAAGUGCCAGUCAUUUCAACGUCGGAGUGUCGAAAGCACACUUUAUUCUUACCAUUGUACAAGAUCACUGACGAUAUGUUUUGCGCUGGUUAUGAUCGUGGUGGAAGAGAUGCUUGCCUUGGAGAUUCAGGGGGGCCGCUUAUGUGCUCAGAGCCUGAUGGUAGAUGGGUGCUAUAUGGCAUAACGAGCAAUGGAUACGGUUGUGCACGAGCAAAUAGACCUGGGGUAUACACAAAGGUAUCAAAUUACCUACCAUGGAUACGAUCGCAUAUAGACGACAAUGAGAAAACUUUAUCUCCAACUACUAAAAAUACAUGUCAGGGGCAUAGGUGUCCCUUAGGAGAAUGUUUGCCUAAAAGUAGACUGUGCAAUGGAUACAUCGAAUGCAGCGAUGGAAGCGAUGAAAAAGACUGCCCAGAAAAUUAGGAUACGUAGUGCAAUACGAUGGUGCUGUGAAUUGUGAUAUUGCAAUUAAGCAUUUGUGGGCCUCGCGGCUAAGGGAUGGACUUUUAGUAGAAUGAUUAUUUAAGUGCGUGAUUGCGAUUUAUCUUUAAUUGCCAAAUUUUGUAAAUAGACAUAGUUCGUGUUUGGAGCCAAAUACAAUACAGAUCAGCCUUGUUCGAGCAACGUAGCAACACAACAAAGUUGUAUUCCAAACCCAAUCAAGACGUUGCACUUUAUAACAAUAAAAAGGAGGCUGAACUACAUUUCCAUAAACAAUAUUGUAUGUUUAUAAAAGUUCGAUUUGUGCUUAAUACAUAAGGCGAAAUUAUAGCAAACAAAGUUUUACCGGAAAAUAGAAUGAUAGCCUUAAUUUUGUAAAAAGGACUUUCGGUAAAUAGCCGAUGUUUAUCUUUUCCCAAAUAAAAAAAAUGAAAUUGCAAAAGACUACCCGGUAUAGAAGGGGUUUUUAGAGAGAUUUCGCAAAAGUCCGUCCGUCUGUCCCGCAUGUUAUAUACCUGAAGGAACCUAAGUAGGUACCUAAUUAUUUCAAGUUUCAUGUCUGAUCUAUUCGACAUAGUCUUUCAUUUAACAAAGAUAGUCAUAUUAACGCUUAUGUAUAAAUCAAUUGUGGUUAAAAAUCGGUCAAAGUUAAAUAGUAAUAAUAUAAAAUACAGUAAAUCGGUUA